AUGGUGGCGAUCGUCGACCCUUUGCUAUGCCUACAAUCGGCUCCUCCACUAUUCAGAAUUUUGAUGCACUCACUGCAUUCGUUGACGAUUCCCUUAUAUGGAUUGUCGUUUUAUUCAUUGAUUAUGAAAACGCCGAAGACUUUGAAGAUCUAUAAAAAUUAUUUGUUAUGGCACACUUUUGGAAACUUUGCAUUCGAGCUUUAUGUAUCAACACUAAUGCUCCCGAUGGUUUAUCUACCUUAUCCAGUAUUUCGAUGCACCGGACUUUUGAUGUAUUUGAACCUCAGCGGCCACCUGCAAUUUUAUCUGUUAAUGUAUUUAAUUGUUCAAAUCGGAUUGUCGAUAUUGGAGAUGUUCCGAUAUCGAUUCAAUGCGGCGAUGAACGAGGAAACGAAAACGACGAUCGCCGUCCGCAUUUUCUUCUACAUGUUUUAUUUUCUCGCCUUGGCACUUCCCGUUUUGGGAAUUGGCGCUCUUCCAAGAUGCGUUCGACAUCAGGAGUUCUACAAGGAGAAAUUGUUUGAAAAGUUCCCGAACGCUUCGAGAGAAAUCCUGUGCCACAACACCGUCAUAUCGCCGCCGAUCGAUGAGAUUGUCCUCUUCACCACCGUCGUUCUGAUCGUUCUUUUGUGCGCCGUCAGCAGUUUGAUUGUUUUGACGACAACGACGGGCAUCGUGAGAAAACUCGGCGAAAUGAAAAAGAGCAUGUCGACGCGGACCCUUCAGAUGCAGAAGAUGCUGUUCGUCAGCAUUGCUGUUCAGGGAUCAAUUCACUUGAUAAUGCUCUUGAUUCCCGUAUCCAUUUUUAUAUAUGCAAUUGUGUCGACGUUGGAUAAUUAUCUGAAUGGCUACUUUGCUAUUCUCACAAUUUCGUUUCACGGCUCUUUGUCGACAAUCGCCAUGAUAAUUUUCACGAAGCCAGUUCAAGACGGUGUUUUAUAUGCAUUGCGGUUCAUUUACAAACCGAAGCAUGCGCGAUUACGCUUGCAAUCGGUUGCAUCGUUAUCGCCAAAAUUGACCAUGACCAAGAUUGACAACAGCUAA